AUGGCUGAGGUCUCCUCUCCCAAUGACGAAUUUGUGGCCGAGAGUUUGGAGGCAUAUUCCGCAGCGAGUGACCUGGCUGAGGAUUUGCCCGCAGACCAUGUUGGAAAGCUGGGACUUGCGCUUAACCGUUCUGUGUUUUUCUACGAAAUUAUGAACGACAAGAAGCAGGCCAUUCAAAUAGCCAAUGAGGCGUUUGCUGGGGCAUAUGCCAAAUACGACGAGGAUGGUCACACAAUGAGUGACGAGUCCGCUAACAUUACUCAACUCAUCAAGGACAAUCUCGUCCUCUGGAGUUUGUCUUUUCCUUAUUAUAGACGCUGGGGACGACGACAGUCAAGACAAGUCCUCCAAUGA